AUGAUGGAGGAGCGAGCGGCCGCCGCGGUCGCCGCCGCCGCCUCCUCCUGCCGCCCGCUCGGCUCCGGCGCGGGCCCCGGCCCGACGGGGGCGGCCCCGGUUUCUGCCCCCGCCCCCGGUCCCGGCCCGGCUGCUAAGGGAGGCGGCGGUGGAGGGAGCCCCGGCCCCACGGCGGGACCGGAGCCCCUGAGCCUGCCCGGGAUCCUACACUUUAUCCAGCACGAGUGGGCGCGCUUCGAAGCGGAGAAGGCCCGCUGGGAGGCCGAGCGCGCCGAGUUGCAGGCUCAGGUGGCCUUCCUCCAGGGAGAAAGGAAGGGGCAAGAGAAUCUCAAGACAGACCUGGUGCGGCGGAUCAAGAUGUUAGAAUAUGCACUGAAGCAGGAAAGGGCCAAAUAUCAUAAAUUGAAAUUCGGGACAGACCUGAACCAGGGGGAGAAGAAACCAGAACUGUCGGAACAAGUCUCCAAUGGCCCGGUGGAGUCGGUCACCCUGGAGAACAGCCCGCUGGUGUGGAAAGAGGGGCGGCAGCUUCUCCGACAGUACCUGGAAGAGGUGGGCUACACCGACACCAUCCUGGACAUGCGGUCCAAGCGCGUGCGCUCUUUACUGGGCCGCUCGUUGGAGCUCAACGGGGCCAUGGAGCCCAGCGAAGGGGGCCCCAGGGCCACGCCGGGCCCCGGGGGACUCAGCGGCGGCGAGUCGCUGCUGGUGAAACAGAUCGAGGAGCAGAUCAAGAGGAAUGCGGCCGGCAAAGACGGCAAAGAGCGCUUGGGUGGCUCAGUGCUGGAGCAGAUUCCCUUCCUGCAGAGCUGCGAGGAUGAGGACAGCGAUGAGGACGAUGAGCUGGACAGCGUGCAGCACAAGAAGCAGCGCGUGAAGCUGCCAUCCAAGGCCCUGGUUCCUGAAAUGGAGGACGAAGAUGAGGAAGAUGACUCAGAGGAUGCCAUCAACGAAUUUGAUUUCCUGGGCUCAGGAGAGGACGGAGAGGGCUCUCCAGACCCCCGGCGAUGCCCCGGAGAGGGGACCCACCAUGAACUGGAAACCCGGCGGGUCAAACUCCAGGGAAUUUUGGCCGACCUUCGGGAUGUGGAUGGGCUGCCACCCAAAGUGACCGGCCCACCUCCCGGCACACCCCAGCCCCGGCCCCACGAAGGUUCCUUUGGCUUCUCCUCAGACGUUUUCAUCAUGGACACUAUCGGGGGCGGGGAGGUGAGCCUGGGGGACUUGGCAGAUCUCACCGUCACCAACGACAACGACCUCAGCUGUGAUCUGUCUGACAGCAAGGAUGCCUUUAAGAAGACCUGGAACCCCAAAUUCACCCUCCGCUCCCACUACGACGGCAUCCGCUCCCUGGCUUUCCAUCACAGCCAGUCGGCUUUGCUCACUGCUUCCGAGGACGGCACGCUCAAGCUCUGGAACCUGCAGAAGGCGGUCACGGCCAAGAAGAAUGCUGCGCUAGACGUGGAACCUAUCCAUGCUUUCCGGGCUCACAGGGGCCCCGUGUUGGCAGUAGCCAUGGGCAGCCACAGUGAAUACUGUUACAGCGGUGGGGCAGAUGCCCGCAUCCAUAGCUGGAAGAUUCCAGACCUCAACAUGGACCCAUACGACGGUUACGACCCGAGCGUGUUGAGCCACGUCCUGGAGGGCCACAGGGAUGCAGUGUGGGGCCUGGCCUUCAGUCCCACCUCCCAGCGCCUGGCCUCCUGCUCUGCCGACGGCACCGUCCGCAUCUGGGACCCCAGCAGCAGCAGCCCAACCUGCCUCUGUACCUUCCCCACAGCGAGCGAUCAUGGGACCCCCACCUCAGUGGCCUUCACCAGCACCGAGCCUGCCCACAUUGUGGCCUCCUUCCGCUCUGGCGACACCGUCCUGUAUGACCUGGAGGCUGGCAGUGCCCUCCUCACACUGGACUCCCGGGGAAACAGCGGCCCAACCCAGAUCAACCAGGUGGUGAGUCAUCCAAGCCAGCCCCUCACCAUCACCGCCCAUGACGACAGAGGCAUCCGCUUCCUGGACAACCGGACAGGGAGAUCCGUGCACUCCAUGGUUGCCCACCUGGAUGCAGUCACCUGCCUAGCCGUGGACCCCAAUGGCGCAUUCCUGAUGUCAGGAAGCCACGACUGCUCCCUGCGUCUGUGGAGCCUGGACAAUAAGACAUGCGUUCAGGAGAUCACAGCCCACCGCAAGAAGCACGAGGAGGCCAUCCAUGCUGUCGCCUGCCACCCCAGCAAGGCCCUCAUCGCCAGCGCGGGCGCCGACGCCCUGGCCAAGGUCUUCGUAUGAUGCCCACCUGGCCCCGCCCAGGCCGCCACGCUGGCUGGGGAGCGGGGCUGGGCAGGUGGGACUGAGGUGACUCCAGCCUUGGUCUGUAGGCCCCAAGGCCUGGCUUCUUCCUGCCUGCCUUGGAGCCUGGUGGUGCUAACUGGCCCUUUCCCCAGGAGGCCCUCCCCUCGGCCCGUCCUUCCCCCGGGCAUCCCGCCGGGGCGUGGCCUCCUUCAGGAAUCGCCCUCCAGGAUGGUCUCUGGGAAUUUUCUCUUCACCCUGACACCCACUCCAGGUCUCUGAGCUGCCUUCUCUGCAGGGGCUGUACAGCCAGGGCUGGGUGUCCUUAGGGAUUAGCUUUUCCAAGACGCCAGAAGGUGCCAGGUUCUCUCUUUGAACCCCUGACCCCUCCUUUCCACCUCCCUGGAUCCGGGUGGGAGCUGUGCCGGGAGGAGCCCCCAAUGCCCCUGCUCUGGGUCUGCCGGGGCCCUGGAGCCAGCUGCAGGCUGGGCUGUCCUCUGUGGAGGUGCGGGCCUGGCCCGCCCCGGAGCGCGCCCAGUAAACCCCCUCCCCUCCAGUUCCUCAGCACAGCUUUCCAGACACUACCCAACGCCGCCAGGGCCAGUAACUGCCUGGGGAGCUGGUGAUGCCCUCGGGGGAGGUGCCCGCCCCUACCUCCCCCCAACACUCCUCCAAGGGCAGCCCCCCAAACCCCCGUGGGGUCACCCAUGGGGAGAGGUGGCCUUCUCUUGCCCCUCUGUGGCGCAUGGAGGGUGGAGUGGGGUCCCUCGGGUCCCCCGUAACUCCCUGUAUAUCUGUAUAAAUAAAUGGGAUUUUAAUGGAGCCCCACCCCCACCCAUGUUGUUAUCACUGUGUGAUAGUCUGUCCGUCUCCUCUCCUGACCCUCCACUCUCUUCCUCUAUUUAUUUCACUCUCGUUUUUGGGUUCCACCCUGUGCUCUCAGGCCCCCUUCCAGGUUCCUGUUUAUAAGCCCCAUCCCCUCUGCCCUGGUCUUGCCUGUGAACCUUGUCUCAAUAAACCCUUUGGAGUAAGA